AUGAGGUAAUGCAUGAAGUAAAGAUUCAGACAAAGGUGAGAUUUUUUCUAUUUUGUAUAACAUAUUAUAUAGAAUCAUUAUUUGUCCAAUUGUUAAAUUAUUCAAGGAAACGCGUAUCAUUUGAAAAAGUGUUUGUAUUAAUAGACUGUCAGUUGGAACAUUGAAAAAUAAUAAAACUCGUAAAAUAUUUAUAGUAUCAUAUCUGCUUAAAGAUUUAAUAUCUUUCAAUAUCACUUUGCAGAUAUUUUCAAAUGCUUCAGAAUUUGUGAUAAUCUUAGGAUUCAGUUUUUUAUUUUUGUUUAAGUUUUCGUAUAAAGUAUUGACAGCUUUAAUAGCAACUUUUACAUUUAUGUUUUUAUAAUCUUGUUCAAUAUUUUUCAUAAUACUUUCAGUAUCCAAAAUUUCAUUAUCUUUCAGUAAAUUUUUGGCAACUGGAACAUCUGCAAAAUAUAUGAUAUAUAUAUAUAUAUAUACACAUACAUGUACAUACAUAUAUGUAAUGUAUAAAUAUUAUAAUUUUUUAUAUAUUAUAAUGUGAAUAUUAUAAAUAUUAUAAAAAAAAUUUUUAACUUAUCACCAUGGCUUGAUAUUGUACUAAAAUUUGAUGUAAUACUCCAUUUAUGGAAUAUUCUUAAGUCUUUUACUAAUUUUCUAACAACCUUAUUGAAUGUAUACAUAUCUUUUACUCGUUAUAAAAAAUUUGUGAUAAUUUAGACACCUAAAAAUAUAUAUUAACCAUUAAUAUGAAAUAUUGUAAGAACAUACAAAAGGAUAUGUUUUGAUUUAUCUAACCUGAUUGAUUUUUAAUGAUUUAUAAAAUGUAGUCAAUUAUAUAUCAUUUUAGUAAUAAUAAAGAAUUAUUUUUUAAUAUGAUAUUUUUAAGUAAUAACAAAUUAUGAAAAUAUGUUAAUUUUUAUAUGUGUGUGUAUAUAUACAUAUGUAUGUAUAUAUAUUAAAUCAAACUUCAUUAUUAUAAAGGUUAGUUGUCAACAUAUGCAUGAUGUAUGGGUGAAAUGUUUUGUGCACUGUUUAUUUUUUACAGUAAGUAGAUUUUAGAAAGAUGUCAGGAGAAGAAAAAACGUUAAAGUUAAAAAAAUGCAUUUUAUCAAAAUUGUGGUAUACAUCUCUUAUUAUUUACCAAAGAAAUAGUGAUAAAUCUAUUUUUUCACAAUACAACAAUGAUGCUAUAGAUUUUGUUGAAUCAGACACUCUAAUCACAGAUUUAAUUGAUUCUCAGACUGAGAAUCAACACCGAUGGAUAACUUAUACAUUGUUGCAUAAACUUUUUAACAAUAUAUGUAGAGAAACAACAUAUAGAGAAACAACGAAACAUAUAGAAAAACAUGUAGAGAAACAACAAAAUUAUAUUCAAAUGAUAUAUGCUUUGCAAUUAUAUAAAAAUGUAACAAUACAUUUACAACAGGAAUUAUUAAUGAUUUAUAAAAAUAUCUUACAACAAAUAAAUUCAGUAGAUUUUGAAAAGAUACAGAAUAAAUAUUUUAUACUUUUGAAACAAAACGUUUAUAAUAAUCCAUUUGUUACGUGUUGGAUUCUUAAUGAAUUUUUGUUAACUUAUUCCGAAACAUCAGCUAAUAUUAUUUGUACUUUACAAGAUUUUUAUUUUUUACUGAUAAAAGAAUUGAUGGAAUUUGAAUUAUCUAAACAGAAAUUGAUCAGUGACAAUUAUUUUGGAUGUAUAUUAUGUAUUAUGUCAAAAAUGAAUAUCGUUAAGUUUAAUGAUUCUACAUUGUCAGAAUGGUUUUUCCCUAUGAUAUUGAAGACAAAAAAUAUUCAAGAUAUCGAAUUUGCAUUAUAUUCAAGAACAAAUAAUCAAUUUUUUAAAAAAUGGUGUAGCUUUCUUAGCGAAUUUUAUGUACAUUCCAAAUUUAAUAAUUUGAAUCAUAUAUUAAAAAUUCGAAAAAUAUUAUUCCAUUUCUCUUCUAUAUCUGCUCCCACUUUAAAUAAAAAUAAUCUUAUACAAAGAAUAAAUAAUACUAAAUUACAUUGGAUCACAGAUAUUUUGGAUAUGUGUUACAUUUUAAUGAUAAAUGAACUAUAUGAUGAUGUAUCAUUAAUAUUAUCUUGUACAUUAUUAAAACCUUUUUGGCCAGCUUUAUUAUUUAAAGUUUUGUAUGAAUAUUCACAAGAAGAAAUGCUUUUAAAUAAUACAGAGAAAGAUUUUAAUUUCAUAUGUAAUUCAGUCAAAUUUUUAAUACCUAAAUGUAAUUUUGAUGUAUUAUGUGAUCCUACAUUAAAUGAAUUACAAAAUAUAUUACGGAAAAAUGUGAAAAUUUUAAAAUAUAUCUUAAGUGUCAUAAAAGAUGUUAAAACAGAUGAUUUAAAUCACAUUCAAGUUGGUGGUGAGAUACCACCAAAAACAACUAAUAUUGAACAAAAAAUUCUUACAAAGCGAAUAUUCGAUCUUUUACAACAUUUUGAUACUCUUUUAGUCCUAAAAAUGACAACAAACAUAUGCGAACAAAAUUGUGAAAAAGUAAGAAAUUUAUUAAAAGAUAUUUGCGAACCAGAAAAUGUUUUCAUAGCAUAUUAUAGUGUUUUAAGUGCUUUGAAAGCAAUUUUGUUGUCCAACAAUUAUGACACAAAGCAAUCUAUUAUAUCAAAGCACUUUUCUGAUAUGGAUCAUUAUAUAAAAAUAUUAUUUCCACUUAAUCUACGUAUGCAAAUAAUAGAAAAUAUAUUUUGUUUACUUUUUUUGCGACAUGAAGAUUUCGAUCAUAUAAAAAAUUAUGACACGCAUGAACAACUAAAAUUGGAAAAUAAAAUGAUGAAACAACAGUUGGGAGAUUUUAUUUGUAAUAAAUAUGUCGUAAGAGACAUAUUAUUUCAUUUGGUAGAUAUUAUGUCAGCAACAGAAAUUACAUUCAGAGAAAUAAAAAGUAAAAAUGAAUAUACAGAAGAGAUAGAACAAAUUCAAAAAAAUAUUGCUUCUAUCAAUGCUGCAAUAUUAGAUGCUAAAUGGAGACUUGAACUUUAUACAACUUCAGAAUUUACUAAAAAUAUUGAUAUAAAAGAUGAAAAUAAAAAUUACUCAUCCAAGUUUAAAACUAAACAUUUAUUAGAUGGAAAGUUAAUUUCUAAUCGUCCUACAGAAAACAUAUUUUUUUAUCAGGAAGGUAAUAUUUUGGAUGAAACAAAAACAAGAUCUAAUAGUAGUUCUGAAUCAGAACUAGUACAUAAUACUAAAUGGCGAAAACGUUCCAAAAAUGUAUCAUUAACAGAUGAUAAAAUAACUAAAGAUGUCACUCAUAAACCAUUGUUUGUGAAUUUUAUGCUAGCAACAAAAGAAAGCUUAAUUAUUAGAUGUUUAUGGAAAAAUGAUUAUGCAAAAGCACAGGAUAUCAUAGAGAUGUAUAAUAUGAAGAAUACUCAGCUAAAUGGGGAACUGCAAUUUUCCAAAGCAUUACGUGCAUUUAGGGAAAAUGUAUAUCAACAAGCCGACACAUUCAAAAAUGAAAAUCAAUUUCCAGAAAACUUACAAUCUUCUACAUUAGAGAAUAUAAGGCUAGUUACACAAGAAAGUAUAAAUUCCUCUAGACAAACUAGUCAAUUUGAAACUUUUUUGGUAUCUCAAGAAAUGAAUUUACGAAUACUUUCUAUGGAAAUUCUUAAUGAUAAUGAAAUAUUAACAAUAUGUGCAUUAGAUUUGGCUAUAACCAUGAGUCAAAUGUAUCCAAUUUCACAAAAUCUUUGUGAAAUCGCAAUGAAAUAUCUAAAGUUAUGUAAAACAUUUGACAAUACUGAAUAUGUAUAUUUCUUUCAUAAAUUUUGUCAAUUGUUAUAUGAAAAGAAAGAUAUUGUUUCUAUAGAAGAUAUACUCUGUGAUGCAAAAAUUGCUUUAUGCAUAAAAGAAUGUAAAGAAAAGGAUAUAUUUUGGACUGAUAUUAUGAUUAAUCAUUAUGAAUUUAAAGAAUCACAGGCAAAUAAAGAUACAAUCAAUAGAAUAUUAAAAGAUAGUAAUUAUUUAUCUGGUUUAAAAAUACUUAGUAAGAUAAUAACAGUUGCUUACGCAUCUAAAACAUAUAUGCAAAAUAUGUACUCUCACUUACAACUUUUACACUCAAUUAUUCCAACUGAGCAUACAAUAUUUACAAUUUCUGAUUUAUUAAAAAUCCCAUUACAUUAUUAUUUUGGUUAUCAAAUAUUUGAACUUAAGGUUGAACCACAAAAACUUGAAGCAAUUGCGCAUGAUUUGCAAAUUAAUUUAUCAUAUAGUAUUCUUACAAAUGCUUGUCCUAAAUUUUUGUACGAAGAAGAUACAAGUUAUAUCAUCACUAAUAAAGAAAAUGGAUGCAUUGUUUUGAACAAAGCUUUGAAUAAAACGGAUUUAAGUUACAAACUUGAAGGGCCAAAUCAAUGUGUUUCAGAGAUAUUAUCGGAAAUCUUGCAAAUUUUGCAUAACUUGAACUUGAAUCAGUCUCGUUUGAAUCCUGAUAUUUGUAAAACUAUUUCAAACUAUUCUGAAAUUCAAACUGUAUUAAGGAAAACAUCACGUCUAGCAAGUUUAGAUUUGAGUGAAUUAUCUAUGGGUGAUGAAACAUUAAUAUUUCUUUUGAAUACAUGGAAUUUGAUGUUUCUGCACACUACUUUAAUUGUUUGGAGAAAUUAUCCCCCUUUUAACAGUUUACAACACGCCAUUUCUUUAAUGUCAAUUGGUUAUUUAAUUGGUGAUUUGGGUCUAGUAACACUUGCUGCACUUAGAUCAAAAUUGUUAAAUAAUAUAAUGUUAGAUAAUAAAUUCUUUAUGCAAGUUGAAGAACUUAAUGAACCAGCAUGGCAAGAUUUGGACAUUAUUCAUGAUCCAAGAGUAAUUUUUGUAAUGGCUAAUGAAUUUUUAGGGACACCUCGUAUACAAGUUUAUAACACAAAAUCAUUAGAUGAAGAUUUAACCAAUGCUUUCUAUGAAUAUCUAAAUUAUUACUCUUGUGAAAAAUCGAAUCUAAGUACAGAAAAACAAAAGAUAAUGCUCCCAAAAAUUGUAGAACAAUAUCAAAUUUCUAUUUCGCAGAGUUUGAAAAAUAAUUCAAGUAGCAACAAUAGAACUCUAUUUUCAAUAAAUGAUUAUUUUAAAUCCUUUAAUGAAGAUGUAAUUAUAGAGUAUAUGCCACUUUCUUACUCGUACAAUGUAAUAUUAAAAUAUUUAAAUUAUUCCAAUACAUACCAUCAUAAACAAAUUAAUCAAUGUAAGAUCAGUUGGAAAAAUUAUAGUAUAAGAUCAAAUUUAUUACAUUACCUAGAAAGUCAAUGUUGGGUUGUUUCUUAUCUUUUGCAAAGGAUAAAUAAUGAAAAUCCUACUAUUUUAAAAAACAGUUGUGAUAACUUGAAACGUACUGCAUGUCUUGAAAAUCUUUUAACAUCGAAGGAAGCAAAGGAAUUGAAAUUAUUAUUUGAUAAUAAUCAAACUCUGGCAGUCAUUUUCGAGGCAAUAUCGACACAAAAACUGUGGUCUCAUUUUGAAUUUAUGUUAAAAGAAGAUGAAUGGGAUUCUUGUUUGAGACUUGUAAAUGCUUUACCAGCUCAUAUUACUUUAAAUAGUGAGUUGCAAUGUUUUAAAGAUAAAGUUCUCAGUCACAUCAUUUCAAAACAGAAUACUGCAUUUAAUACACAAAUAUUGGAAUAUUUAUAUCAAAUUAAAGAUGUAUAUAUAUUAAGUCAGACGGUAUUGUACAAUGUUAACAAGUGGCAUAUAAAUAUCUGUGAAAAUGCAUUACUUUAUACAGUACAUCACGUAGAUAAUUACAGAUUACCCAUACAUUGUAAAUCACAAUUGAACGAAAUGUUACACAGAGUGUUAAUUUUCCAUAAAAUGCUUCCAUAUUGUAUAAUUAAAUCUAACGAAACUUGGUAUGAUAUUGCUUAUUGCACAGAAACAAUUAACCCAUUGCAAAUUAUCAAAUCACUGAUCAAUGCAGAUAAAUUUGAAUUGUGUUUAGAAUGGAUGGAAUGUCAAGCAUUUUCUUUAGAAAUACAUCCGUCUGUAACACAAGAUUUCUUAAUUGGUCUUUUAAGAAAUGAAUCUCAAAAUUUUAAACAAACUUUAAAGGCUUUACCUUUGGAUCAGUCAGUUAAACUUUGCAAGACGGUUUUAAAAAAAUUAGAGUCUAUCGACUCAUUGAGAUUUAUUUGCACUUAUUUAUUACAGUAUUGUAAAGCAACAGAAACUAUAAAAUAUAGACAAACUUUACUAGGAAUUGACAUUUUAAGUAUGCUAAGUAUUCAAGAGAGACCAUUAUAUAUUCAUCUUAUUAAAGAGCCAUUAUUAAUGUUGGAACAGUUGCUAAUGAAUUGCAAAUUUGAAAGUAUUCAAAGGAUAUUAAAUAAAAUUCAAAAGAAAUUAGAUCAAACGAAUAUAACAAGAAGCGACUUUGACAGAAUUAUAAGAUUCUAUGCUCAAAAGUCAUUGGAUUGUCGCGUAUCUUUACAAUGUGAAUCUAUAGAGAAUAAGUCAAAAAAUAUACAACAUUCUGCUUCAGAAAUAGAAAAUGCUGAGUUUAUCAUGCCUAUAGUAGUUCCUACCAAAGAACAAUGGAUACCUAAUGAUAAGGCCAGGAAAUGUAGUUGUUGCAAAAACGUUAUAUUUUCGAUGUUUAAUAGACGACAUCAUUGUCGUAGAUGUGGUCGUGUUAUUUGCGCAACAUGUUCUCAGCAUCGCAUGCAAGUAUCUGGUUAUCCACCCUCAGUACUUGUUCGCGUAUGCAAUGACUGUAAACAACAGACUACAUUACAAAUGCAUACCUUUCAAGGAACACAGUCCACUUCAAGUAGUGAAAUAUUUGAUUGUUGGCGAUUGACAAGAGAUCAGAAACAUAAUGAAACUAUCAGAGAAGAAUUUUCAUUUGAAUAUGCUCCAAAUAUUUCUUUGUGUUUAGCUAUUUUAAACUUACAUUCCGAACAUCAAACAUACAUUAGUUUUCUAUUGGAUUGUUGUGACGAAAUGAAACGUCUUUUACAACCGGUUAGUGGUGGAAAAGCAAAUCCUGAAGUUGACCACAUGGUUAUCAUUAAAAUGAUACGUUCCUUACUAGUAGCUGCGAAAGUUAAAUGUGCCAAGCUUGGCCUCAAUACCGGAUUAGUUCAUUGCGAUCGUUUCCUAUCGCAAGUGGAUCUUAUUGCAAGUCUUGUUCAAUUUGAUUGCUUACAUUUAAUACCGUCUGAUAAUCUACAUGAUCGUACUUUAAGAAAAUUGAGAGAUCUUUUAAUUGAAAAAGAACAGUGGACACUUGCUUUAGAUGUAAGUACCAAAGCAGGUCUGGAUACACAGGGAGUUUGGGCAAGUUGGGGUAAAGCAUGUUUAAAAAUGGGAUAUUUUGAUCAAGCACGAGAGAAAUUUUUUCAUUGUCUUGAUAAAAUACAGUCCGAAAAUUUUGACGAUUGGGUAAUUCUGUCAUAUCCAAAGGAAUCGGAAAUCCCAAGCAAAAGUGGAACUCAAAAGUUAAUAAACGAAAAUGAUAAGAACAAAGAAAUUAAAAUGGACAAAUUGAAUUCAAAGAAAACAGAAUUUUCAAAAUAUCGUCCAUUAAAAGAUCCACCAUUACUUAUAGAUAUCUUACAAAUAUUGGAUAAUUUAAGCAUAUAUAAGCAAUACGUACAGAUUCCUCAUCAGUAUAAGUUCAGUGUCUCGCAAGAAAUGUUAAAUUUUGAAAGUUUUAAAAUUUCCAGUCAAAGACAGCUUAGUGAUUUAAAUGCAAAAGUGACUUUCUUGCUUGACGCCCAAAAGCAUUUGGAAUCUGAAUUGCAAAUUGAGACUUUAAAUCAUAAAAAAAAACGGAGAGGCUCUGUACAUAGCAAUCAAGGAAUUCUAACAAUGGAAAUGGAACCAUCAGAGAUAGAUAAACACAUAAAUACAAUUUCUCGACAAAUGGAAAUCACAAAGUUUUUGACAAACUGUGAAAAAGAGGGAAGAGCUCCCAUUCAAUUUUUAAUCCUGUUCCCAAAAAAGGACUUUAAUAGUUCAUCUAAUUUAGAAAUACCAACGUUAUUUGGUGAUCAACAACAAAAAAUCAACUUAGCUGUUUUAGCCAUUCUAUGCGGACAAAACAUUGAAGAAGGAUUUGGCAUAGCAUUUAGAAUAAUGCAAGAUUAUAACUUACCACAGCAAAAAGUGUAUUCUUUAACUGGGCACAUUUUGGCAGUGAAAAACAAUAUUUCUGCAAUAGAACAAUUAAUCAAAUGUUGUCAUACAUCUGGAAUUGCAAAUUCAUACAUUAUUUCAGAUCAUGUAUUGACUCAUUGUGUAAAGUUGUUGUUAACUCAUUUACAUGAUGAAACUAAUUCACUUUUAAAGAAUGAUAUUUACAAUCUUAUUAAACUAAUAACCAAUAUUGAUCUUAAAAUAAACGCAUAUAUCGAAUGCAAGCAAUUAAAAGCAGCAUAUCUAUUAGCCGUAAAAUAUUCAAGGGCGCAAGAUAUAAAAAAAAUUUUGAAAGAAUCUGAUAGACUUGGUCAAAAUGCUAUUAAAGCAAUAUGUAUGAAAUGGCUUCAACAAGAGCCAAAAUUAUAAUUUUAGGGUAGCAAGACCAAGUAAGAGUGCAAUAUUUUUCUGUUUCGUUUUUUUUUAUUAAAAUAAAAUAUUUUUAUAAAAAUUUCCAUAAAAUUCAAAAAAAUUUUAUUUUUAAGUAUUAAAAAUGUUUUUAAAGUAACAUACAAAAAGAUUUAUAUAUAUU